AAUAAACCCUUUUCACACUUUUUAACUUAAUUAUUUGGAUUCAUCGUCAAAUCUUUUUGGGUUGUGUUUACUCACUCAAAUCUGUCUCUUUUAUUAUAAACUAAAUGAUGGGGUUCUUGGUUGGUGAGCUAGAAACCAGCUGCCUUGUAUUGACUUGCUUUAGAUCAUGGAGAGCUCGUUGUGUCCUUGGAUACCAUCAAUCUCAUCUCUCCUUUUUGGAUUUUGAGUUCUUGUUUACGUGUCUUCCUAUGACUAUAGCCUGUAAAGCCUACCUUAUUGCCUACCUUAUUGCCUCUCCAUUAAUGCAUUCCUUGUAAUUCACAUAACAGUGCGGCAAGUGGUUUUAGGAGUAGGCUAUGAAGUGUUUCAAUUUCUCCAAAGGAGAUAAAAAUGAUGAUCCAAAGACAACAAAAUCCAUUUCGGUCCGCUCCUCCAAUACCAGUACUUCAAUGUCAACCGAUCGUGACAUGAGGAGAUCUGGAUCCGAGUUAAAUUCUCAAAAUGUCUCAGAUUUAAGCACAGCAUCCUCCACAAGGAACUCAUUUGCUGUCCUGUCUCAACUGUCCCAAAGACAAUGUAAUCUCAGAAUCUUCACAUUCUCGGAGUUGAAGACAGCCACAAAGAAUUUCAGCCGCUCCCUCAUGAUUGGUGAAGGUGGAUUUGGUGGUGUUUACAAGGGUGUGAUCCGGAGCAUGGAAGAUUCAAGUAAGAAGAUAGAUAUUGCUGUGAAACAACUAAGUAGAAGAGGCUUGCAGGGUCACAAAGAAUGGGUGACAGAAGUAAAUGUUUUAGGGGUUGUUGAACAUCAAAAUCUUGUCAAACUGGUGGGUUACUGUGCAGAGGAUGAUGAAAGAGGAAUUCAACGGCUUCUGAUAUAUGAAUAUAUGCCAAACAGAAGUGUACAAGAUCACUUAUCAAGUCGAUCGCAGACAACAAUUCCUUGGGCCACAAGACUGAAAAUUGCCCAGGAUGCUGCCCGAGGCCUAGCAUACCUCCAUGAAGGAAUGGAGUUUCAGAUUAUCUUUAGAGAUUUCAAGUCCUCAAACAUACUUUUGGAUGAGCAAUGGAAUGCAAAGCUUUCAGACUUUGGGUUGGCUAGAUUGGGACCUUCAGAUGGAAUAAGUCAUGUCUCAACUGCGGUUGUAGGAACAAUUGGAUAUGCAGCUCCUGAAUACAUUCUAACCGGCCGUCUCACAGCUAAAAGUGAUGUGUGGAGCUAUGGAGUUUUCCUCUAUGAACUCAUCACUGGUAGGCGUCCUCUUGAUAGAAGUCGCCCCAAGAGCGAGCAAAAACUCCUUGAUUGGGUCAGGCCGCACCUCACUGAUGUGAAAAAGUUCACGUUGAUUUUAGACCCAAGGCUCGAAGGGAAGUAUUCCCUCAAGUCUGCCCAAAAACUUGCAGCUGUAGCCAACCGAUGCUUGGCACGACAAGCCAAAGUACGUCCCAAAAUGAGUGAAGUGUUGGAAAUGGUGACUCAAAUUGUAGAGUCAGCUGAAGAUGGAGCCCCCCUAACACCCAUGAAGAGCUUGGCUCCAAAAGAUUCUUCUGAAAUGUCAAGAAGAGAACGUCUAAAAAGAAGGUUAAUGAAUUUGAUCAACGAAGGGAAAGGGCGCUUCAUUUGGCUGACGAGGAAGCCUAAGAUUGUGAGACCAUGUUAAAAAAAAACAUUCGCGCAAACUGUUCUUGUUAUUCCCAUGAAUUAAUGCAUGUAACAGGGCUGCCCUUUUUGCUGAAUGUGUAAAUUAAGUUUGUAAAGCUUUUUAUCAAAGCAAAUGAGUUUGCAUGGCAUAUACAUGUUUUGUUUCCCAUUGAA